AUGGCGGCGCGGGCCCCGCCCCCGCCCCCGGGCCCCGCCCCCGCUCCCGGGCUCUCCUCCCCCAGCCUUCCGAGAGCUGGCCGUGCGACUCGCGUCGCCGUGCGCCGGUUGCCCUUGGGCCUGGGAGGUGGUCUCGGCCACUGCCGGCCCCGCGCCAUGAGGCUCCUCGGCUGGUGGCAGGGACUGCUGUGGGUGCUGGGCCUUCCCGCCCGCGGCCUGGAGGUUGCAGAGGAAAAUGGUCACUCGUGGUCCGAGGAGCAGCCUGCUCGCCAUCCUCUCCAGGUGGGGGCUGUGUACCUGAGUGAGGAGGAGCCCCCGAGUAACCCCGUGGGCCAGGACAGGGCAGCAGAAGAGGCUGACGCAGUGCUGGGGCUGGACGGCCCUGGCGGUCACGUGGUGAUGUUGUCUGUGAUUCCCGGGGAAGCCGAGAACAAACUGAGCCCGGAACCGAGCACCGGCACCUGUGGCGCUGGCGGAGAGGAGGACUCGAGGUGCCACCUCCGAGAAAGCCUCUUCUCUCUGGACAGUGCUGGCACCAGCUUCCCUGAUAAGGAAGAGGAGUAUUACACGGAGCCAGAAGUGGCAGAAACCGACCCGGCACCAACAGAGGACUCCAAUAGCACCGAAAGCCUGAAGUCCCCCAAGGUCAGCUGUGAGGAGAGAAAUGUGACAGGACUGGAAAAUUUCACACUGAAAAUUCUAAAUAUGUCACAAGACCUCAUGGAUUUUCUAAACCCAAAUGGCAGUGACUGUACUCUGGUUCUGUUUUACACCCCGUGGUGCCGGUUUUCUGCCAGUUUGGCCCCUCAUUUUAAUUCUCUGCCCCGGGCAUUUCCGGCUCUUCACUUUUUGGCCCUGGACGCAUCUCAGCACAGCAGCCUUUCUACCAGGUUUGGCACCGUCGCGGUUCCUAACAUUUUGUUAUUUCAAGGAGCGAAACCAAUGGCUAGGUUUAAUCAUACAGAUCGAACGCUGGAAACGCUGAAAAUCUUCAUUUUUAAUCAGACAGGUAUAGAAGCCAAGAAAAAUGUGGUGGUAACUCAAGCUGACCAAAUAGGCCCUCUUCCCAGCACUUUGAUAAAAAGUGUGGACUGGCUGCUUGUAUUUUCCUUAUUCUUUUUAAUUAGUUUUAUUAUGUAUGCCACCAUUCGAACGGAGAGUAUUCGGUGGCUAAUUCCAGGACAAGAGCAGGAACACGUGGAAUAGUGAUGGACUGAAAGAAGUUGGAAAAGGAAUUUCAAUCUUCCAUUUCAGAAGUCAGUGCUCAAUUUCAUACGUUUUUCUACAGUAAAGUAUGAACUUACAACCUCGGACUAAAAGAAGCGUUCAUUUGUUGAACUACUCAAUGUGUAAAAAGAUAACUGGUGUAUUAACUAGUAUUGCAGUAAGCAAAUGCAAAAAUAUUGAUGGAAUUCACAGUUCUUGUAUUUAUCAUGUGAAUGUAAUCCAGUGUUUUAAGAGAAUAUUCCAGUUUGAAAAAUGAAGACAUAUUUUGGUGGAAUAGUGAGUAGAGAGCCAGUCACUUACCUUAGAAGGCAGAAAUAGACGUCCAGAUUAUAGCUUUGGAAAACGUGUGAUUUCCCCAAAUAUACCUGAAAAGGCUGGUUUUCCAUUUGCAAUUUCUCUUCCAGAGUCCGUAAGCAAGAAAGUGUUGUUAGGGGAAAGUACAGCAGUAGCAACCGAUGGAGAAAUAAAAGAAUCAAGCACCUUG